CUACGUUCAUUGUUCCUUUCAAACACUACCAACUCGCUCGAAGAACAGAACAGCUGGAGGGUUUUAGUGCAGCUUUACGGAAGCCGGUGUUACUUUGUUAAACAUGGCUGACGACUUUGGGUUUGUCGCCUCCGACAACGGCGUUCAUACAGAAGAAGACCCGGCCGCGGAGUUUCUGGCCCAGCAGGAGAAUGAGAUCGCUGUGAUCGAGAACGACAGCGCCGGCUUCGGCUUCGGCGCGCUGGAGGACGACGACGGACCUCCGCCCGCGGACACGUACACGUUCAUCGGAGGUGAUUUUGGAGGAGCACCAGCUACUGCUGUAAACGGAGAUAUGUUUCAGGACACCAACGGCACAACUGAUGGCUACUCAGCCAUUGCUCAAGUCGACAUGUUGAGACAAGAACCUGAAAGUCUGCGCAAAUGGAGGGAGGAACAAAAGUCUCGGCUGGAGGAAUUAGAUUCCGCCUCUAAAGCAGCUGAGGCUGUGUGGAGGGACAAGGCCCGGAAAGAACUAGAGGACUGGCAUGUACACCAGAAUGAACAGAUGGAGAAAAAUAAAGCCAACAACAAGAUCGCUGAUAAGGCUUUCUACAAACAGCCCAACUCUGAUGCCAUAGGUUUUGUAGCAUCAGAGGAGGCCUUCCUCAAGGAGUGUGAUGAUGACAGUCCUGGAACAGAAUGGGAGAAAGUGGCCCGUCUAUGCGACUUCAACCCCAAGACCAGCCGUAUGACUAAAGACGUGUCUCGGAUGCGCUCCGUUCUUAUUUCUCUAAAACAGACGCCUCUGGUUCGCUAACAUAACCAUUUCUCCUAGGCUUUCUUUUCUUGUUCCCUCUUGCACUUUAUUUUAGUGAGGCUGAACACUUAAACAGAUUUAAGUUUUUAUGUUUUAAUGGGGUCAUUGAAUGUGUACACUUUACUGUAUUUAAACUUCCUAUUUAUGUACCCUGGUGUUUCGCAAUGGCAGAAGAUUUCGGCUAUUCUGUAAGUUUAAAAAAAAAAAAUC